AUGGAUCGUCCUGACGAUGAUGGAGCAAAUCUCCAGGCUGAGAGGGAGAAAUGGGACGCCUGGUACGCGCAGCGCCAUCUAUCCCGCACUGAGGCGAAACGGCAAUACAUCACCACCUUACUAGACACGAUGAAUAAAUACGCCUCCUCGUCACCGGAAGCGCGCGAGCUCAUAUCUGAAUUGGAGUUUGUCUGGGAUCAGAUAAAAUCAAACUCCCCCUCCUCCUCCCCUACCAGCCCCGUGCACAGCUCCAACCUGCCACUGCACCAAUCAUCACGCAUACCCCACUCCAGGUCAAACUAUGGCUCUCAAUAUGGGAACAUUCGAGGGCGGAUAUCUCGGGUUGAAGCUGAAGAAUUGGGGAGCCGGGUACAUGGGCGGGAUCCAAGGUUGAGAGUGCUUACUCCUGUUAGUCAGCCAGAUGUUUAUAUGCCCAGUACUGGGCGGAAUUACGAAACAGCGACUGGAGAGGAGGAAGAGGAGGAAGAGGAGGAUGACGACGACGACGAAGAGGAUUUCCAGGAGGCGCGAAAUAGUCCUUACGAAGACUAUGGCAACGAUCAACAACAAGCGGACAAUAGUGACGCCCGCCGGCGACCUCCCGGUGCCUUAGAAAAGGAGAAAACUAAAGACAGGACCAAAGAUAGAGAUAAAGGCCUCUACAAUCGCCGCUGGCGCCGGCGCAUCGAGCAAGCCAUGACCAAAAUGACAGCUGAAGUGGCCGCGAUGAGAGAACAGAUGGAGACACGCGCGCUGAACAGUCGUCGCCGCUCGAGUCUGUGGGCGUGGAUUAAAUGGCUUGUCUGGAUUGCUAUCCGGCAGUUGUGUUGGGAUAUUGCAGUGUUGGGGUGUGUGCUUUUAUGGCUGCACGUGGUUAAUGGGGAUAAGCAGUUGGAGGAUAAGUUGAGGGGGUUGAGUAUUUGGACGGAGGUGAGGAGGAGGGUUGCGGCUGUAAGGUUUGUGAGAGUAAGGAUUCCGAGGUUGGGGUAG